UAUAGUGGCUACGAUAUUUGUUCCCUGAUAACAGCCCAGGCGCCAAGGCCUAACGUCUAGUCCCCUUGAUUGUACCCUAGACCGAGUCCUCUGUAGGGUCAUGGGAGGUCAAGAAGGGAGAGGUGGGGCUGUGCAUGGUGGUGAUAUCAGUGUGCGUGACUGGACGAGGAAGACAAACAAGGAAAAAAAUGACACGUGGUUUCACAAGAAAAUUGAGACAUUCAAAGAGGCCAAUUAAGAUGACUUUCAAAGAGGCCAACAAGACUUUCUAAUUAAGAGGCCAAGGCAAUAUAUUUAUAUAAUCGUUUUUUUUUUGGGGGGGGUUAACGAAGUGUAUUAAUUUUCAAAGUUUAACGCCACAAACAGACCCUCUGCAUUAUUGGGGUGGUGAUCUCUAAGGAUUCAACAUAGCAACAUACUAGGAGUUAAGGCAUGGAACACUUCAGAACAAGCUGGAAUGAUGAAAGACAACCUACACCUUUCCUGCAGAACUGAAGCAGCAGCAUUUAUUUUUAACAGCAUCCACAUCUAUCAUUUCCUUCAGCAAGACCCACCACUUCACGAACGACAAUGUCACUAAAACCCUCCCCUGGUGGAAUAGGAGACGAGGAUCGCAGGGUGUUCAGACUCAUCAAGAUAUUGGCUAGUGAAGGUCGUCAUGCCCUUCACUGUGUAUUCAAGUGGGGAUGCAAGAAAAAAUCCACAGAGUCAAUAGGAGACUACUUAAAAAAUGAGAAAAAAAUGACCAAUAAGGAUUACAAAAAUAGAUUUGACACUAUGAUGCAGAAAACAAUCGAUAAGGAUCCUUCUGGAGAGUCUUACGAUGUUAGCCUUAUUUUUGCUUGCAUCAAGUGGGGUUGUAAUCAGCUUGCAGAAGCAAAUGUUGAAUGGCAAGAAGGGCAAGAAAACUUGGAAUCUCUCUGCACAAAAGUUAAAAAUAUGAGGAAUCGACUGUUUCAUGGGGAGGAAGUACCUAAUGAUGAUGUUAUGAAUGAAAAGUGCAGAGACAUUACAGAAGUAUUAGAGAAUGUAGUUAAAAAAGCUGGGAGUAGGUAUGGAGUGUCUGAUGGUGAAGUUAAAAGUUCACUCAAGAAAAUAAAUACCCAGGUCUGUCAUAUUAUGACUGCACGCCUAGGAGAAGAAGAUAUUAAUGAACUGUUAAAGUUUAGAGAAGAACGGAAGAAAUCCAUUCUUAAAAUUGGAAGAGAGGAAUUGUCACAGCAAUAUAAAGAUACAUCAAAGAUUGAUCCAGCAUCCUUUGUGACAGGGAAGGAACGGCUGGAUGUUGAAAAUGUGUUUACUAAGCUUGAAGUCAUAUGUGAGAACAUGGAUGAAACCCAUGAAGUGGGAUACAAGGAGCUGCUUGAGGUGAAGACUGAACUUGAGGAGAAGCCAACAGUCAUAAUAGUGGAAGGUGAUGCAGGAGCUGGCAAAACCACUUUAACAAAACUGAUCCUGUCAGACUGGGCAAAAGGAUCCACUAUUUUUACAGGUCUUGAACGCUAUGACUUGGUUUUCUGGGCCGAAGGAAAAAAAAGGAUCUCCUCUUACUUAGGGCUAAUUCAGGGCCUCCUGCCAACAGCUUCAUACAAAUUUGAUGAUGCUGACCUAGUUAGGUCUGUACUUCAGCUGGAGGUCUUGCUUGUCAUGGAUGGCUUUGAUGAACUAAAUACAGAGUCUGAGAAGCUUAUCAAAGAACUAUUACAUAAACAAGUACCAAGUAGCAAAGGUCACUUACAACUCCUGAUCACCACAAGGCCCAGCAAGCUCUCUGACCUUUGCAAUGUUCUUGGUGCACACACUAAGAAGAUUCAAACGAAGCUAAGAGGAAUAUCUUUGGAAAAAAGAGUGGAAUUUGUAUCAAAAUUACACAAUGAAAUGAUCAAAGAGAAACAAAGUUAUCAGGACACCCAGAAGCUGGUUGACCUCUUGAAACAGUCCCAGGCCCGCCUUGGUGAGCACUAUCGACUGCCUCUCAACCUCACACUUCUCACCUACCUCUGGGCCUCUGACCCCACCAAAGUGAAUCCUGAAACAACCUCAACUGGUCUCUACAUUGCCUUCCUGGAGCUGAUUGAGUCUCGCUUGCAGGCACGACUCCAGGAAAGGUUAGGUUGUGUGGCCCUGCCCGAAGGUAGAAGUCAAGAAGUAGUAAGGGAGUUUCAGAAAGAUUUGUACAGAGUUUGCAUGGACACGCUUCUAUCAGAUUCAAUGCAGCUCUCUACUGAAUCAAAAGAUGUACUGGAAAAGAAGUGUGAAGACUUAGAAGUCCCUUUCAAUGAAAUGAUUGAAGCUUUUCUUGUAGUUGAAAAGGAGUGGACAAGCAGUGGCUACAUAACUGAGCUGACUGUGCCUCACAAAAGCAUUUUAGAAUUUUAUGCUGCAAAUCAAUUCAUGACAUAUAUUAAUAAUAAACUAAAGAAUGAAGAACAAGAAAAGAAGAUUAAAUCUUUGUUGAUGAAUCGUGGCAUUACAAAGGCUGAAAUAGAUGAUAUCCUUCAGAGAUCUGAAAGUGAAGACAUAAAGUCGCUGAAAAAGAUUUGCAAUGAUCUUCUUAAAACAGAUCAAAACCUGGCCAAGUAUGAUAACAUGCUCUUACACCUGACAGGUCUGUUGACUCAUCAGUGCCCUGACAUGUUACAUAGGUAUGCUGAGGAUCUUGUUGAUAUACUAAAGGAAGCUGAGUUCAAGGGAACCAAGUGGCUUGACAUUCUUGUGGAAGCCAAAUGUGAUGACACGCUGGCCACCCUUCUAGCUCCACUAAAUGACCUCCAACUCAUAGUCCGCGAUGGCCAUAUGGGAGCUGCCCUUGCACUGUUCAAAUACCUGGACACCAACAUCCCUGUGCAGGUUAUUCUGGAGAAUGAAGUGACCUACAUUCCACGCCUGGAUGAUAUGUUGUGCCAGCUCUCACAGAGGGACUGUGCAGUGCAAAUUUUCUUCAAACAUCAAUGGAAGAAUAAGGAAUGUGGCUCUUCUGAUGAAUACCUAGGCAAGCUGCAGCCUGAGGGAUGCAGCAGUUAUGGGUGCAGCGUGACUAAAUUCACAGGCCAUCUGGGCACACUUUCCUGCCUGCCAGAGACCACAACAGAGCUGAAGAUUGCCUUUGCCAACACAGAACAUGCCAAGCAACUUCUGGUGGAACUGAAUGACUUGGUGAACAAAAGAAGUGAUAUUACAUAUAUAGGAAUCCACGUGAUGUCAGAGGUCAGGCCUGAUGACCUGACGCCUCUGCGUGUUCUAAAACCCCUUCAGGGAAGAGAGACUGGCAGUCUUUGGCUCUCUGGGGUAGAUAAAGACUGGGAGAUGAAGUGUGGAGUGAUUCGUGCACUCCUUCCUGCUGAGGGAACAUCUGGCACCAAAUGGACAUCAAGUAUAGCAGCAAACAUGUUAUUCAAGUGUUCCACAGCCAGAGUACUUCACUGUAAUGAUCAGCAAAACCAAUGGUCUUGCAGGAUGUUCAACUCCAUUAUGUUCCCUCAAUGCAACUUUACUGCCAAGCGUUGCACUGACAUCCUUAAGUGCCUGAAGGAGCUAGGAGUAAAGGUGAACAAGAAAGGAGGCAUUCGCUUCUUCUCCACUUUCGAGAAAAAUGAACUAUUGGAUCUUAAGGAGUUUGCCAGGCAAAGUCUUGGCUGUGCCCUAUACUGCUCUGAUGAGUCCAGUGUGUGGUAGCCUGACCGGUGAGACAGGAAGCCUUCAUGUGGCGACACAUUGCAGAGGUAAUGAAUGGCCCAGGCCAAGAUGGGGAGUGGGAUUCAGUGUCUCCCAUGCAGAGGCCCUUUGUGAUUUGAGGCUGUGAAGGACUGGGUUUUCAUUCAUUAAAGUAAGUAAAGGUUAAGUUUGGGGCAUAUUCUACAAUGGCUACAUUGGCGCUCAUCUUCACCCUCCCAGCCCUGGAGCGUGUGGUGGGCAAGGCGCUGAGAACCCACAACCCAGGGCCACAGGGCCAGUGUGACGGUUUUAGGGCAACAAAGAGUGAAAAAAAAAAAAAAAAAAGCCCGCUGCUCACCGCUCCCAUAGGUUACCACAGUUUACAUUUAAUGAAGUGGAGAUAAGCACUGAGGCUACCUGCAGCGACGCCAUAUGUCCCCAAGUUUGCCUUUGAAGGGGAGGAUGAACAGCUGGGUGGGCUACAUGCCAACUGCCCAGGCUGGGACUGAACCCCAGCCCAUAGAUUCAUAGACAUGUGUGCUAACUGCCACACCAUGGAGGUGCUUUACUAAG